ACUGGUUUGCUCAGCACUGGUUUUAAAAUUUUUGACAAAUGCAAAUCUUACGUCAAGAUGACAAUAUGGAAACUUCAUCGUACCUAUUUACGAGCAAGAGAAAAAAACUCAUAAAACCAUUGCAAAAAAUGGAAAGGCGAUCAAGUUCCGAUAGUAGCAUAUCUGCGGACAGCUUGGAACUGGGUCGAAGGAAAAAGGCAGUGGAAAAACAAAAACCUUCCGACGAAAACGUCGAAACGAUCCUUGUCCCGUUUUAUGAAAAUGAUGUGCUCAUAAAAGUACCAAAGUCCUAUAAGAAGAACCAAAAUGCUAAAAGUGAAAAACAGAAAAAAGAUACGCAGCCAAACUAUUUAGUAAAUAAAAACAAAAUAAAACGAGCUACUUACUUAGAGAUGUUCCGUAGACAGUUCUCACCUGUUCGAGCAAAAGAAUCUGCCUAUGAUGAAUGUGAAGUUAAUUCAUUAUUGCCUGAAUAUGGGGAUACGGAGAGAGAAAGUAUUGAAGAAGAACAUAAUGAUGAUAACAUUUCUGUAAAUGAUUACUAUAAUACAGAAUCGUACAACGAACUUUUUUAUGAGAAAAUUCUACAACAAGACGCUGCAGUUUAUCUUGAUAAUUCUUUAGAGCAAGCGUUACUUUUCAAAGCAGAUAUAAGAAGCAAGAGCUCUGAUGAUGCUGAUGAUAACAACUUGAAAGGUUUGUCUGAAGUAGAGCCAGUACGACGGCGCUCAAGAACAGCCACUGUACAGCCUGUACUGCAUGUUAAACUAACCGGUUUAGGCCCUGAUCUAGAGAAAAUAAAGCCUAGACUUGAAAGAGCUCGAAGUCUUCAAAGAUAUUCUGAGAAAGUGAGAAUGGAAAACCGUCUAAAAAUUUAUAAGGCUAAAGUUCAAGCCGAUGAGAAGAAAAACGAAGAGGAAGUCUCAUCUGCAAAGCGUUCCGUUAAUGUAGUAAAAGUUCGACAUGUUAGUCCUAGUUACUUAGUUAACAAAGGAGAAGAAAAAAAGAAUAUUUUGACUAGAAAAAUUUAUCAAAGUCAGUCCAAAUCUGCCAACGUACAUAAAAAUAGAAAUGAAUGUAAAGAAAAAGAAUAUGUAGAGGUUGACAGGACGCGUAAUAAGAUAGGUGAUAAUCUUAACAAAGAAAGGGUGAGCCGAGCGAAGAUUAACUUUAAAAAGGUACUUGACAAAAAUAGAGAGAAAGAUCUGAAACAAGCUGAAACCAAAGGACAAAGGUUCAAAGUGCUGUCAGGAAAGAAUGUACAGAGAGAUACUACAGAAGACAAGACAGCUGCCGUAAGCGUACCUCCUGUUCAGAUCAGUUUUCUGGUGAAUGUAGGUGGAGUUCGCCCUUCUAGCGCCCUCCGCAGACUUGAGGAAAAGCACCGCAUGUACCAAGAACGAGUGAAGGCAUUCAAGAACAACAAUAAUACAUAAUUUUGUACGCACAUGUUUUUUGUUUGUUAAAUGUUUUAUUUUAAUAAAUUUCCAAAAAAUUGAGC